AUGCAAGUAAAACCUUUGCUAAACGAAAUGGAAGGACAGAAUUUUGCAUUCGAACCAAAAGGUUACAUAUCACACCUAGCAAUGGUGAUGAAAUAUGACAGUAAAAGUUACAGCCUUGUUGGUCUAAUAACACUUGAUGACAUCAUUGAAGAAAUAUUCGGAGAGAUGAAAGUGAGUUUCUCGAUAAUAUCUCUGAAUUGUAUAAUUAAAACAUAUUAA